AGGCCGGGUCUGACCCCCGGUGGUGGACAGCAGUCUAUAGGAUGACCGAACGCCGGACAGAGAAAAACGCGCGCGUUUGAUCGCCGGCGAGAGAAGGACGGCGGUCGGUUGGUCCCCAUCGAGCAAUUGACGUGUCCGAGGAAGUGAUGGAAGGAUGAUGGCACAAUGUGCUUGAAUGUCCCAUAAGCGAGCGGGAUUCUAUAUUAAACUGGUCCGGUUACGGGUCGUUCGGCUGUCCAUCGUUCAGUCACUGGCUGGAUCGGCUUGGCCAGGACAACGCGAUCGAUCGACCCUUGCUUCAUCGUCACUCGCAUCUGACCGAGUCUGUCACGGAUCGAUCCGUCAGACCUGCGAACCCGCGGAGACGUAACAUGUCCUCCGGGACAGACUUGGACCGAUCGUCUUGAAGCCAAUCGCGAUCGAGGAAGUGACGUGAAACGAUAGGGACCGAGAGAGAGAUAGAGAGAGAGAGAGAAAGAGAGAUAGAUAGGUAGAUAGAUAGAUAGAUAGAUAGAUAGAUAGAUAGAGAGAGAGGCCCCGCUAACGUUUCCGCGAAUCAUCGGCGACCAAGCGGGACUGAAUGCUCGAUCGGCUGUCGGCGAACGGGAUCCAGGACUCGAACGAUUCCUGGCGAUCGGCUAGCUGGAUAGGAAGCGGCUCGCGGCGUGCAGCACGCGCGAGCAAGUCCGUCGUGAGGCCGUCGAAUCGACCGAAUCCUUUGGACCCUUCGGCGAAUGAGGUGACGUUAUUGUGGUAUACACCGAUUUCUGACGUCGGAUAUCGGAGCCCUGUCCAGAGCAAACUCAUAAAAUAACUCUUCGAUGAUGUUGAAAGGAACGACGUUGCUAUUGCUUCCCUUGUUCUGCGACAUCGCAUUGGCAGCGCAAUGCGGCAAAGUAUGGCUGACAGUCUCCUCCUUGUGGAGACCAAUUGCUGCCAGUGACAAAGUGGUCGACGCUGAGCUAGAAGUAAAUUGGGAUCUCGAUUGUCCAUCGAGUACAGGAUACCCAGAUACCAUCAAGGUGUUCACUGCUGACCCAGCACAUAAUAAAACGAUCAAGCCCAAGUUGACUUUGACUUUGCUGCAAUACCCCCGAGGCUAUUAUCGAACCAACAUCACGGUCGGUCGACCACCCCUUCCGGGUGGAUGGGACACCAAAGAUGGCUCGACACUUCCCGGACCCCAUUGCUUGAAAUACCAUGCUGCCCUUUACAAAGACGGGGCUUUCCUCACCAGUUCCUGCUUGCAGAUCUGGCCGACGUGGAUGUACGAUUUAAGGAGACAGCUGGGAAGGCUGCCAAUAGGAAGUUUAAUGAUUCCCGGAACUCAUAAUUCAGGAUGCUACAAGCACGGUGAUUUAACGCGGAGGGAUGCCUUCCAACGAUACUUGUUAACACAGGAUCGAGACGUAUGGACACAAUUAGUGCAUGGUAUAAGGUAUCUGGAUAUCAGGGUGGGUUAUUACCCAUCAAUUCCGAAUGGAACCGCCAUUGAGGAAGGCAAUCACAUAUACAGUUUCUGGAUUAAUCACGAUGUGAUUCGAAUCACUCCUUUGUUCGCUAUCAUCGAAGAUGUGAGGAACUUUCUGAACGUUGCGAGGGGAGAGGUUGUCAUCAUGGAUUUCCAUAGAUUUCCGGUGGGAUUCGAGGACAGGUUGAGCAGGCAUCGCCGAUUGGCUACGAUCCUCUGGCGAGAAUUCGAAGGUCUGAUCCUCAAGCCUGAUAGGGGGGUCGAAGGUCUUGGUCCGACCUUGAACGAUAUUUGGACCGGAGGGAAACGCUUGAUUAUUUGUUACGGCGAUAAGCACAUCGUGAAUGAGUACGACUGGUUGUGGCCAACAAUGUCUCAAGCUUGGGGUAAUCAACAGACGGUGGAAGGUCUCUUCAAGUAUUUGGACGAAGUUAUUAUGGGGCCGAAGAGGUUCCGAAACAGCCAGAACCCAUUAUGGGCGGUGAUGGCGGAAUUGACGCCGUAUCCUCUGGACAUAAUCUUCAAUCUGUCCGGUGGAUUGCGGCAGAUGGCGGAUUCUGUGAACAGAAAUCUUACAUUUAAGUUCCAAGAGGAAUGGUGGAAGGAAACCAACAUAGUGGCUACCGAUUUCUUCCUCGGGAACAAUCUCAUCGACGUCUCGAUACAGGCGAACAUUAAGAAGAGUAACAUCGCCCAAUGGCGUUUAUAACGCGAGAAAGAAACGAAUAUACCCAGCGAACAUUUAAUUUUAAUUAGAUGCUGCUUUGCAAACGAGUACAGAGUCGAGACGAAAGAAUGGUCGAGAUCAGUCGAAUUGUAUUCAGAAGUUAGCCUUGUAUCUCCUUGUUAUCACGUGUGGAGGAUCUAUUAAAAUCAGUUGUUGAGAUUGAAAUUAUUUGUCUAGGAGCUUAUAAACUUUAAUCUUUGAUUAAUUUUAAUCUCAACUGUAUUUAUGAAUCAUUGAAACUCUUUACGUAGUUCGAGUAUCUUAAGGAAGACGCAGUAGGUUCAUUUCGAAGGUUCAUUCGAAGAAUGGGAGAAUAGUAUUAAUUAUUAAUUAGAAUUCGCGAGGACGAGGACGAAGAUUAUCUCGAAAUGAACCGCGGAAUUGUAAUUUUCGGAUUUCUUGAAUUUUAAGUAGAAGAAAUUCACCGAUUCGCCGAGGUUUCGGAGGAAUGUUAGGGUAACCGAUGUAAGAGUCCAAACACAUGCGCAAGGAUAAUAAUAUGCGAAUUAAAAAACUAAUAAAUCAGAGUAUAAUUACGUAUACUCAAGGAGAAAGGAGUUU